UUAAUGUCCUCUCUCCACAUAUAUGCACCUUUCAACUAAAUUAAAUUAAUCAUAUAAAACAAAACACUCUCAGAUUGAGCUUCUCUUUUUCCUUCCUGGAUCCCAUCUGCUCUUCAUUUUAAUGAACUAAAGACUGUGUUCUGUUGAUGUAAGAAGAAAUAUUAUAAUGGAACAUGCUGUGGAGCAAGGUCGUUCUCUAGCUGAGACACCUACAUAUUCAGUUGCCUCCGUUGUUACUGUCAUGGUCUUUGUUUGCUUCUUGGUUGAGCGUUCUAUCUACCGUUUUGGAAAGUGGUUGAAGAAGACAAGAAGGAAGGCACUUUUUGCUUCUCUGGAGAAAAUUAAAGAAGAGCUGAUGCUGCUUGGGCUUAUCUCUUUGUUGUUGGCACAAAGCGCGAGAUGGAUCUCUGAAAUUUGUGUAAAUUCAUCACUUUUCAGCAGUCGAUUCUAUACCUGCUCUGAACAAGACCUUCCCAUGAUUGAGCAUGUCAUGAUUGUAAACUCUUCAUCUUUCUCUGAUGAAACUACUAUUCCUAAGGGGCUAUAUAGUGGUGCACUCCAUCAAUGUGGAGAGGGUCAUGAACCAUUUGUUUCAUAUGAAGGUCUUGAACAGCUGCACCGGUUUUUAUUUGUUCUCGGGAUCACUCAUGUUCUGUAUAGUUGUCUCGCUGUUGGUUUAGCGAUGAGCAAGAUCUAUAGUUGGUGCAGAUGGGAAAAUCAGGCUACCAUGGCUCUUAUUGAUGGAAAUUUGCAAGGUAAGAACAACAAAGUGAUGAGGCGGCAAACAACCUUUGUUUUCCAUCAUGCAUCUCAUCCCUGGAGCAGGAAUCCUAUACUGAUAUGGAUGCUAUGUUUUCUGCGUCAGUUUAGGAGUUCUAUACAAAAAUCAGAUUACCUUGCACUCCGUCUUGGUUUCAUCACUGAACAUAAAUUGCCAUUAUCAUAUGAUUUUCAUAAAUAUAUGGUUAGAAGCAUGGAAGACGAAUUUCAUGGCAUUCUAGGAAUAAGCUGGCCGCUUUGGGUUUAUACUAUAGUCUGCAUCUUUGUGAACAUCCAUGGUCUGAAUAUAUACUUCUGGCUCUCCUUCAUCCCUGCAAUUCUUGUGAUGUUAAUAGGUACAAAACUUCAACAUGUUGUAUCCAUUUUAGCACUUGAAAUCUGGCAGCAGCAGGGUCCUAGUGCCAGAACACAAGUAAAGCCGCGCGAUGGUCUUUUUUGGUUCAAAAAACCAGAUAUAUUGUUAUGGAUCAUACAGUUUGUGAUAUUUCAGAAUGCCUUUGAAAUGGCCUCAUUUAUAUGGACAUUGUGGGGAUUUAAAGAAAAAUCAUGCUUCAUGAGACACCAUUACAUGAUCAUCAUUCGGUUGACAUCAGGCGUUCUUGUUCAGUUUUGGUGUAGCUAUAUGACAGUGCCCCUGAAUGUAAUAGUUUCACAGAUGGGAUCGCGAUGCAAGAAAGCUCUAGUGACGGAGAGUGUUAGAGAUUCCUUACACAGUUGGUGUAAGAGAGUAAAACAGAAGUCUAAGCAUGAUCAUUCGCUGCAUUCACAUACUGCUAGAUCAAUAUGUUCCUUAGAAUCAACGAUCGAUGAGAGGGACGAGAUAACAGUGGUAUCCGGCACGCUAACUCGAACAACUUCCUUAGACUUAGAGUCUUUGAAUCAGAUAACAGUAACUUCAGUAGACCAGCUGAAUUUUUCUAACAAUCUUCAAGAUUCAACCGAUCUGUCCGAACCCGUACAUAUUAAUUCGCACUACAACGAUGUUAUCAACGGAGAGGAGGCUAAAGUUGAGACUCUUCUUGACUUGUUUCACAAAACAUGAUCACUUUUAUGUUUCAUAUUUUAAUUUCUAUUGCAUAGCAAGAAGGAAUUCUGUAGAGUAGUAUAGUAUAGAUUUUCAAAUCAUGCUUGAACUCUAUGAUGCAUAGAUGUAUAUCAUAUCAUAUAUAACACUAUUAGAAGAAAUAAAUAUAUAUAACUAAACUUAAAGAUGGAUUUUGAGACAGAUUUCAUAUUUU